UGCUUGGUGCUCUCCCACGCCGAUUUGGAGUUAUCUUCAUCGCCAAGAACCAUUCAUACGCCAAUUCCAACUGGAUACAACCAACAACUUCAAGAUUUCUCAAGGGAAGCUUACUGAUUGCUCCCACCAGGAUCAUCAUCUUCUAGGAUUCGUCAUCAUCAAUUUUAUAUAUAUAUAUAGAGAGAGAGAGGGAGAGUUUUAGUAAAAUAUGCAAACGGAAGCAACGGUAGGGGUGGUGGAAGGCGGUGGUCCGGCUCGUAAAUUGGUGGCGCAUCACCAGAGGCCGGUGCAACAUCAGCAAUCUCAGGUAGGGACAGUUUCUCAACUUAUAGCAGGUGGUGUUGCCGGCGCCGUUAGCAAGACCUGCACUGCUCCUCUCGCUCGCCUCACUAUACUUUUUCAGGUGCAAGGCAUGCACUCAGAUGCUUCCACAUUGAGAAAGGCCUCUUUAUGGCGUGAAGCUUCACGUAUAGUUAGUGAAGAAGGAUUCCGUGCAUUCUGGAAGGGGAACUUGGUGACAAUUGCUCAUCGUCUACCUUACUCCUCCAUCAGUUUCUAUGCAUUUGAACGCUACAAGAAUUUACUACAGCUGAUAACGGGAGUGGACAGUCAUGGGACGAACAUAAGUGCAGGCUUGUUUAUACGACUUGCAGGUGGUGGCUUAGCUGGCAUAACUGCUGCUUCCGUUACAUAUCCUUUAGAUCUUGUGAGAACGCGUCUUUCAGCUCAGAGAAAUGUUAUUUAUUAUAGAGGUAUAUGGCAUGCUUUACGUACCAUCAGCAGGGAAGAGGGCAUCUUUGGCCUCUAUAAAGGACUUGGCGCUUGUCUAUUGGGUGUUGGUCCCAAUCUAGCAAUUAGCUUCUCAGUUUAUGACACUGCUAGAUCUUACUGGCAAUUGCAAAGGCCGGAGGAUUCCGCUGUCCUGGUCAGCCUGGCUUGUGGAAGUCUUUCAGGGAUUGCAUCAUCAACAGUAACAUUUCCUCUGGAUCUUGUGAGGCGGCGGAUGCAGUUGGAAGGAGCAGGUGGUCGGGCUCGUGUUUAUAAGACAGGUAUUUUUGGUACAUUUGGGCAAAUCAUACGAGCAGAAGGUAUACGUGGAAUAUACAGAGGAAUAUUGCCUGAAUAUUACAAGGUGGUGCCGAGCAUUGGGAUCGUGUUCAUGACAUACGAGAAACUUAAGCAAGUAUUGUCAAAUAUAGAUCCUUGCAGAUGAUGAUGAUGAUGAAGUUAGUUUAAAACAAGAUGAUGAUGAGUUAUAGGAAACAAAAACAUUUUAUAGGUAAGAGGAGGAAGAGGAGGAUAAUUGUGUUUUUUCUAAAUUGGAAAUAUUGUUUUCCUCAACACAAAUUAGUAGUAAUAUCAAAUUAUAGAUUCUUGUUUUUCUUUCUUGCUGCUUUACUUAACA